CUUGGCCCUACCCGCGUCAGUUUCUUGGAGCAUGCGCAGUUGACUUUCCGGCCUUUCCUGCGUUGGGCUACGUCAAGAUGGCGGCCUCCGUAUUUCGUUGGUUGCUCAGGCGCAUUCCUAGCCUUUCGCCCUUCAGAGGUGCUUACGGAGUUCAGGUUCCCCUCCAGACUCUCUGCACCAAAGGCCCCCCUGAGGAAGAUUCUUUGCCCCCAGUUCCCAUAACCCCUUAUAAGAAUGAACCCUGGAAAUAUCUGGACUCAGAAGAAUACCAGAACCGCUAUGGCUCUCGCCCCGUCUGGGCUGACUACCGUAGAAACCACAAAGGUGGAAUACCCCCACAGCGGACUCGAAAGACAUGUAUUCGUAGAGAUAAAGUUGCUGGGAAUCCCUGCCCCAUCUGCCGGGAUCACAAGCUGCAUGUCGACUUUAGGAACGUGAAGCUCUUGGAACAGUUUGUCUGCGCCCACACAGGUGUCAUCUUCCAUGCCCCAUACACAGGGGUCUGUAUGAAGCAACACAAGAAGUUGACCCAGGCCAUCCAGAAAGCCAGAGAUCAUGGUCUCCUCAGUUACCACAUUCCUCAGGUUGAACCUCGGGACCUUGACUUCAGUACCUCUCAUGGAGCUGUGAGUGCCACUCCGCCAGCCCCCACCCUGGUUUCAGGUGACCCCUGGUAUCCAUGGUAUGGCUGGAAACAGCCACCAGAGAGAGAGCUGUCCCGCCUUCGACGGCUCUAUCAGGGCCAUCUCCGAGAAGAGAGUGGUCCCCCACCUGAGUCCAUGCCUGAGGUGCUCGUCACAUCUCCAGCUGAAGCCUCUUCCACUGAGCAGGAGAGCCCCCAGAAUGCUCUGUAGGAGCUGUAGUCUGGGAAGGGAUUAGAUAGGAAUUACACGAUGGAAUUUCGCUCCGAAGAGUUGUGUCUGUAUGUGGCCAAUGACAGGCCCAGGGCCAGAGAGAAGAAAUUAUUGCUGUUGAAGGGAAUAAAUGCUUCUGAGGCUUAGGGGAGGGCAGUACAGAUGUGUAUGUUAAACCCCAAACCCUAUGUAUUGUAAAUAGUAGAUAGGCUAAACUUGUGUUUAGUAAUUGUGUUACUUGCUUCAGAUUUCUGCUAACUUGGCUUUUCCACAAUAAAGCUGUAUCUCCUGUU